AGCCAGCGACUGUGCCAAUGUACUACUCCUACCCCCUCUCCUACUCCUGUUAACAAGUUGUGCUGCUAUAUAGAGGAGCAGCCGAGCAAGUGUGUUGCUAGAAGAAAAGCCUUGUGAGUUGGUAAUUGAUAGUAGCAAGACAAUGUGUGGGGGAGCGAUCAUCGCCGACUUCGUCCCGCCCGCCGGCGCCCGCCGCGCCGCUGCCUCCGACAUCUCCGACAACGCCGUCCUCUCCGCUGCCGGUGCCGGUGACGAGUCGUUCGCGGCGGCCAAGGCGCCGGCGCCGGGGAGGAAGACGGCGUACCGCGGCAUCCGGCGCCGGCCGUGGGGACGCUGGGCGGCGGAGAUCCGCGACCCGAGGAAGGGCGCCCGCGUCUGGCUCGGCACCUACGCCACCGCCGAGGAGGCCGCCCGCGCCUACGACGUCGCGGCGCGCGACAUCCGCGGCGCCAAGGCCAAGCUCAACUUCCCCCCGACCAUCGGCGCCGCCGCCGCGCCACCGCCGCCCAAGAAGCGACGCAAAGCCGCCGCCGCGGCGAACCACCACCACCACCACCACCAGCAGGAGAGCUCAGGCUCCUCGUCGGCGUCGUCGCUGCCUCCCACCCCGCCGCCGGCCGCCGAGCACCAGCUCCGCGAGUGCAUGUCCGGGCUGGAGGCGUUCUUGGGCCUCGAGGAGGAGGAGGACGACGGCGGCGCCGGUGAGCCAUGGGACGCCGUCGACAUGAUGCUCGAGUAGGCUCGCCGGGAAUGGCAGCGUUGCCAUGCUCAUGCAUCCAAGCUUAUUCAUGCAUGCAGCAGCAAGAUAUACAACUUUAGUACUACUACUAUGUUAAUUACUACUUACUGCGUAGGUAAAUGAAAUAAAAUGGGGUUGGUUAAUUAGGGUGUUCUUCUGGGAAUCCUUGGCUUUGCUAAUUGCUAGUACUACUAUGUACUUUGGCGUUAAGCAUUGCAUUGCCAGGUGAUGCAUGUCAUGUAAUCGUGGUAAUUAUAUGGCCGUCCUCCUAGAGCUAGCUAGCAGAUUAGAUUUACUAUAUAAAGUGGUAGUAGAAAUAUAUGUCCUCCUAGAGCUAACUAGUGUCUUGUAAUGAUUUCAGACUUCUUGGGCAACAUGAGCAAUGCAUUUCGACUUCCACUUUACA